GGGGAGAGGGGAGAGGGAGAGGAAGGGGGUCGGAGGGAGAGAGGGAGGUGGUGGGGGCAGAGCUGUCAUAUUUGACCUGCUCAUAAACUUCUGCUUUCUCACCCGUUACUUUCUUCCAACAGAUCGUGUUGUGGAAAGUUUCAGUGACGCACACAAGGAAGAUGACACCAGCUUUUGCGGCACCUCCUGCGCGAACACACAAUCAGAAAUAAUGACUGCUAUUUCUGAAUGGACAGGACAUAUUCGCCUGCCGCUGCCUCUCUUGAACUUGCAGGAUACUUCGGGCCAUUCACUUGGCUUUCCCCCCUCUCUCUCCCCUCCCUGGUUCUGUGCCCGCGGGCUGUUGAUUGAGUUUACUCAGGAGGGUAAUUAUUAAUAGAUGUCCCUGGCUUGCACCGAUGAGUCUCACAAUAAACCUGUACGAGUUGUGAUGUGGGCAUGUGUGUGUCACAUCCCUCCACUGAGACCAGAGCCAUGUCUUCUACCAAGCGCCGGGCAACAGCAUGAAGCCACCAAACUUCCCCUGGCUCUUCCUUUGUCCGUGGUUGCUGUUCGUGAGCGGGGGUGGUGGGACAGGAGAGGAGACGUGGGCCAAGUUUGCGAACCUGCCUUACCCUGAAGACAACCUCUUCCUGCACGACACCUUCCCCGAGGACUUCAUCUGGUCGGUGGGGACAUCAGCCUACCAGACGGAAGGUGGCUGGAGACAAGAUGGGAAAGGUCCGUCUAUAUGGGAUACCUUCAGUCACCAACAACUCCGUUGCAACGGAGACGUGGCCAGCGACAGCUACAAUAACGUAGAGGGGGAUGUAUCUGCCAUUAAGUCCUUGGGUGUCACACACUACCGCUUCUCCAUCGCCUGGUCCAGGGUCUUUCCAGAUGGUCUGGUGUCAAACCUCAACGAAGCCGGACUGAGCCAUUACACCCAUCUGCUCCAAAGGCUCCGAGAUGUUGGCGUGGAGCCCAUAGUAACUCUAUACCACUGGGAUUUGCCCCAAACUCUCCAAGACCUUCAUGGAGGUUGGAUCAACGAAACCUUGGUGGACCUCUUCAGUCAAUACGCGGAGUUCUGUUUCAGAGCCUUUGGAGACCGGGUGAAGUAUUGGAUCACCAUAGACAACCCUUAUGCGUUGGCUUGGCAAGGGUAUGGCACGGGGCAACUCGCUCCUGGCAUUCAGGGCACUCUCACUGCACCCUACACAGCGGCACACAACCUGAUUAAGGCCCAUGCCAAGACGUGGCACAUCUACAAUGACCGUUUCCGUCAGUCUCAGCAAGGUUACGUGUCAAUUGCUUUGGCUUCCCACUGGGUUGGGCCAAGGAAUGGCGACAUUAAUCCGGAAACAGUGCAUCUAUGUCAGUGCUCCAUCAACUCAGUACUGGGCUGGUUCGCCAAGCCGAUAUUCGUGGACGGCGAUUAUCCAACCUGCAUGAAAGACAACCUCAAAUCGUUGCUGCCAGCAUUCGACGAUGCAGAAAAAUUGAAAAUAAAGAACACCGCAGAUUUCUUUGCUCUUUCAUUUGGACCUCUGAGCUUCCGACUAUUGGACUCAAAGCUGCUGUUCAACCAAUCAAAGAAAUACCAACUGAGGCAAGUUCUCUCAUGGAUUCAAAACGAAUACAACAAUUCAAAAAUACUAAUUGUCGAGAACGGCUGGGAUGACAGCAGCAGUAACACAAAAACAGCAGACGUUUAUAAUAUGUACGCCUUAAAGAACUUCCUCAUGGACGUAUUGAAAGCCAUUAAGUAUGAUGGAGUUGAUGUUAUAGGAUACACUGCCUGGUCGUUGAUAGAUGGGUUUGAAUGGGACGUUGGCUACAGCAAAUGCCGAGGAUUGUUCUACAUUGACUUCCAAAGCAAGAGAAAGGAGAGGUUGCCAAAGUCAUCUGCUUUGUUCUAUCAUCAAGUGAUCCAAGACAAUGGGUUUCCACCAGUCCCAGAAAACAAGCCCAUCAUGGGAACCUUCCCCCAGAGUUUUAUCUGGGGCAUUUCUGAAGAUGUCAUACAGGUGGAAAUGUCGCCUACAACUCCUCAGUUUGUUGAUCGUAAUAUUUACCAAUGGGAUAUUAAUGGCACGGGGAAGCUGGUGAAAAUUAAAGGUGUCAUUGGCCCGAUACACAAAGCCCAGUGCACUGACUACACCUCAAUCAGACAAGAGAUCCACUUGUUGCAAGAUACACACGCCACCCACUACCAGUUCUCCCUCAACUGGUCCCUCCUCCUGACCACGGGAGAGUCUACAAAGGACAUCCGUGCAAACCUUCGUUAUUACAAAUGCUACAUCAGUGAGCUCCUUCGGGCCAACGUGACUCCGGUGGUGGUGUUGUACCAUCCAACCCUGGAGGACCAGCAGCUCCCCUCAGCCUUGGACGCCAAGGGGGGCUGGAUGAACACAGCGACCAUGAAGGCAUUUGUGGAGUACGCCCGGUUUUGUUUCACGCAGCUGGGAGACAAGGUGAGACUCUGGAUAACCAUGAGUGAACCAAAUGGCAUCAAGCACUUGGAGAGGUACAGAGCCAACUUCACCAUCGUGGGCCACAACUUAAUCAAGGCCCACGCCCUAGUUUGGCACCUCUACAACAACGAGUUCCGCAAGACGCAGGGAGGAGAGGUCUCCGUCUCUCUUCACGCUGAUUGGGUUGACCCUGCCGACCCGUUCUCCCGCGACGACAUUGAAGCGGCGGCCAGCACCUUGGAGUUUGACAUCGGCUGGUUCGCAGAACCCAUUCUGGGCAACGGGGACUAUCCUUUGGUCAUGAGGGACGGCCGGAGUCAAAGGCAACACCUGGUCUGGCGCGACUCCUACCUGCCCCACUUCACCCGCCAAGAGAGAGAGUUGGUACGAGGCUCCAUGGACUUUGUGGCCCUGAAUCACUACACCACACACCUUGUCCAUCUGGAGGAGAACACCGACCCUCAGGAUGGCGCUGAGCUCAAAGUGCAACACCUGAAGGACGCCACUUGGCUGGCAUCGCCAGACGGAAAAGCAGUUGUACCGUGGGGUUUACGGAAACUAUUAAGGUGGAUAAAAUCAAAAUAUGGCAACGUUCCCAUCUACAUCACCUCGAACGGAAUUGAUGAUGAUUCUCCCACCAAGGACAAGCUGCGAGUCUACUACAUCCAGAGUUACAUUAACGAAGUUUUAAAAGCCUUAAAACUGGACGGAGUAAAUAUCCAUGGCUAUUUUGCAUGGGCUUUAAGAGAUAUUGAUGAGCCAAACUAUGGCCUCUACAACUCCAAUCAAGCUGCAAAGCUGUCCGUUGAAUAUUACAAGUUGAUUGUUGAUAACGGGGGAUUCCCUGCAUCAAAAUCACCCCGCGCCAAAUGCCAUCAAGGCUGCAAUCCUUUCUACCUGAGGAAACAGCUGUUAGUUUUCACAUUCUGCACUCUAAGUGUUUUUACAGCAACAAUAUUUUUGAUUAUUUAUUAUUCUUCAAAAAGAUGCAGAAAAUAUAAGUAAUCACAUUUAUUUUAAGGAAAUGUGGAGAAAUUAGCCAUUUGUGUGUUUACAAAAAGAGUGAUAUUUAAGUAGUGCGCUGUUUAGUGAGCUGCUUGGUACUAGUUUGGGGUUGCAACCUAUGAUUUUCUUAAAAGUAUUCCCAUCUCAAGGUUUUAGCUACAUGACUGAGCCUGUACAACGAUCACCCCACUCGAGUCUGGACAAUCAUCACAGCUAAGGUGAGAGGAGGAUUAUUGAGGUGAGAGGGGGGAAAGGUUCAAUGGAGAUGUGAGGGACAGGUUUUUUUACACUGAGGCUGGCGGGUGCCUAUGGCUGACAGAGGUGGUGGUGGAAUAGGUCUGAUAGUGGUGUUUAAGAGGCUUUUAGAUGGGGCACAUGGAAGUGCAGGGAAUGGUGGGGUAUGGAUCAUGUACAGGCAGAGAUCAGUUUAACUAGGCAUCAUGUUCGCCACGAACAUUGUGGGCUGAAGGGCCCGUUCCUGUUACAUAGAAACAUAGAAAAUAGGUGCAGGAGGAGACCAUUUAGCCCUUCGAGCCAGCACCGCCAUUCAUUGUGAUCAUGGCUGAUCGUCCCCAAUCAAUAACCCAUGCCUGUCUUCUCCCCAUAUCCCUUGAUUCCACCUGCUCCUAGAGCGCAAUCUAACUCUCUUAAAUCCAUCCAGUGAUUUGGCCUCCACUGCCUCUGUGGCAGGGAAUUCCACGAAUUCACAACUUUCUGGGUGAAAAAGUUUUUUCUCAUCUCAGUCUUAAAUGACCUCCCCUUUAUUCUAAGACUGUGGCCCCCUGGUUCUGGACUCACCCAACAUUAGGAACAUUUUCCUGCAUCUUGCUUGUCCAGUCCUUUUAUAGUUUUAUAUGUUUCUAUAAGAUCCCUUUCAUCCUUCUAAACUCCAGUUAAUACAAGCAUAGUCUUUUCAAUCUUUCCUCAUAUGACAGUCCCACCAUCCCAGGGAUCAAUCUCGUGAACCUACGCUGCACUGCCUCAAUCACAAGGAUGUCCUUCCUCAAAUUAGGAGACCAAAACUGUACACAAUACUCCAGAUGUGGUCUUACCAGAGCCCUAUACAACUGCAGAAGAACCUCUUUACUCCUAUACUGAAAUUCUCUUGCUAUGAAGACCAACAUUCCAUUAUGUUGCUAUUGUACUAUUCCAUGAGUUCUCUAUGAAUUCUAUGAAGACACUCAGAAUAAUUCCCCCAAACAACCACACACUGCAAUAGCUUUGGUACAUGCACAAAUGAACCUAAUCAUAGUCAUACAGCAUGGAAACAGACCCAUUGGCCCAACUUGUCCAUGCCGUCCAAGAUGCCCUAUCUAAGCUAGUCCCAUUUACCCGCGUUUGGCCCAUAUCCCUCUAAAUCUUUCCUAUCCAUGUACCUGUGACAUAUUUUACAUCUCCCCUAAUUCCUGUCUCUUGAACAAGAGAAGUCGUUAAAAGUCGUGAAAUGUUGAUUCAAUGUCGUGGUGUUACACUGUGAUGUAGACUUAACGUUACUCCACCAACUGCACAAAGCAAGUACUGGCAGUCUCAGUAGGGUGGCACUGUGGAGCAGCAGGUAGAGCUGCUGUCUCACCACUUUCAAUGAGACCCGGGUUCGAUCCUGACCUCAGGUGCUGUCUGUGAGGAGUUUGCACAUGCUCUGUGUCACCGUGUGCAUUUGCUCCCACAUUCCAAAGACGUAAGAGUUUGUAGGUUAAUUGGCCUCUGUAAAGUUGCACCAUUGUGUGGGUAGUGGAUGUGGAAGUGGGAUAACAUAGAACUAGUGUUAGCGUGGACAAGUGGGCCGAAGGGCCUCUUUCCAUGCUGUAUCUUCCAUCAGUCAAUCAAUAAUCUUCUUACUGGGCUAACUCUGGCUUCAAAUGAAUUCUCGGGUUAAAAUCAAUGAACUCAGGACACGAGACACAAGGAUCUCCAGAUGUUGAGCAAAACAUAAUGUGCUGGAGGAACUCAGCAAGUUAGGCAGGAUCUGUGGAGGGAAUGGAUGGGUCCCCACCUAAAUCAUCGUCUGUCCAUUCUCUGCAUGUAUGCUACCUGACCAACUAAAUCCAGGACAGGAAUGGAGGUAAGAUGUAGAUAUCUUAUAAUCUUCAAGGCCAUGUACUAUAUCAGGUAAACGAGUUCUGUGACACCUUCUCUCACUGCUCCUCCUCUGUGAUUCCUGCUGAUGUCCCACCAUGUACUGACCUGGAUUCACUUCCACAGCCAUAUGCGUUUCAACCUAUUAUCUAGCCCUUCCUC